GACGCGGCCGGGAUGGAGGCAAGAGCUGCCCUGUCAUGGACCCCGAGGUGACCCUGCUGCUGCAGUGCCCCCGGGGUGGGCUGCCCGAGGAGCAGGUACGGGUGGAGCUGAGCCCAGCCUAUGACCGCCGUCCAUUGCCAGGAGGGGACGAGGCCAUCGCCACUGUCUGGGAGAAUCGGCUGCAGGCCCAGCCGUGGCUCUUUGAUGCCCCCAAGUUCCGUCUGCACUCGGCCACCCUGGCACCCGCUGGCUCCCUGGGGCCACAGCUGUGCCUGCACCUGGGCCUCACUUCCUACCGAGACUUCCUGGGCACCAACUGGGCCAGCUCAGCUGCCUCUCUGCGGCAGCAGGGGGCCGCCGACUGGGGUGACAGGCAGGCCUACCUGGCUGACCCACUGGGAGUGGGUGCUGUGCUGGUCACUGCCGAUGACUUCCUUGUCCUCCUACGACGCUCUCGGCAGGUGGCUGAGGCCCCUGAGCUGAUGGAUGUGCCUGGUGGGCACCCUGAACCUCAGACCCUGUGCCCUGGCGACAGUCCCCGGCAUGAGGACCUUCCUGGGGAGCUGGUGAUGCGUGAGAUCUUUUCCAGUGUCCUUCGGGAGAUCUGUGAUGAGGUGAACCUGCCACUGCUCACCCUGAGCCAGCCCCAGCUGCUGGGCAUCGCCUGCAACGAGACCAGCUCCGGCCGUGCCAGUGCCACAUUCUUUGUGCAGUGUAGCCUGACUUCUGAGCAGGUGAGGGAGUACUACCUGAAUGGGGGACCCGAAGCUGAGGAAUCCACAGGAGUCAUCUUUGUGGGGACACAGAAUGUCCGCAGGCUGCAAGAGGCCGAGGUCUGGGCCGAGCUGUGUCCCUCAGCCAAAGGGGCCCUUCUCCUCUAUACCCGGGUCCAGGACCAUGCUCUCGCGGCACCAGCCCUGUCGCCCCAGCGCUGAAGACAAUAAAGGCCCUUUUUCUUGGA